UUACCUUUUGCCAUCUAAAGUGUAUCACCCCUCGGGUUCCGGUUAACGUUGAUGAUGAAAUGGCAGGGCUGUGGCAACGAGUCCGCAGCGAGUCCGCGGGAUCCUAAGCUGCGAGAUUAGCCGAGUGAGGAAAAGAGCCAUAUGCUAAUCGCACAGCUACGUCAAAUGGCUCGGCCGUGCUGUAUUAGUCUGUACUCUGUUGGCUUCGUCCAAGCCCAAAAAUACAUUAGAUGCGAUGGUCCAUGAUCGGCUGCGCCUGCAUCAGGGGACUUCCUUCAUCUGUUGCCUGCUGGCGUAGCUCAAGCUCGUGCUCACCUUCAGCAUUCAUGCAUUGCGCUGUCAGUCAUCUGCAGACCCCAUAAUGCCCAUCAAAGUUUGGACGUGUACGGAUGAACGAGCCCUAACGCAGUUGAUAAUGCUAAUUAUUUUGCAAUGCUUCAAUUCUCUUGCGGCUCGUGGGCUGCACGAUUAUCGAUGCCCGUCGCUGGACUGGCUGGCUGCAUUUUACUACAAUGUUAAGGUUACGUUGCCGCUGAUCGAUGUACCUCAAUGUAUCACGUUAGCCAACAGCUCCUCUUGAAUCGCCCCAAACUACCGCCGCCGUCUCGAGCACUGCCACGCGACUGCUUACUCCGUUUGUUUCGGCACCCUCCCUCCCUGUCGUUGACCUCAAGUGCAUCCGUCCCUUCCACCUUCUUCAUCUCAG